UGGUAAAAAAACUUGUAAAUACACAAGCUUUCAAUAUCAUGGUUUACAAGCAAAAGAAAAUGAAGGGUUUUAGCAGUUAGGUGGGAAUAUGGAACAAUCAGAACACUCAUAAAUGAAAUAAUUUAUCAAGGGUUGUGGGUAGAGAGAGAGAGAGAAGAGAGAGAGAGAGAGGUGAUAAGAUAGUGGCUGUGAAUCUGAGAUAAAUGGUCCUUGAAAUCAGCUUUAUUUGCGUGGGCACCAGUUGCCUGACCCUGAAUUUUCUUUUCUUUUGGGUAUAUGGAACUCUUCUUACUGAUUCACGUGGCUAUGCCCUUGUUUCCAUUACUCAACUUUUUCUUUGGCCAUUUGCUGAUUUCUCCAAUUUCCAUAUGUUUUUCUUGUGAAAAAUGCGAAGUUUUAUGUCACAUGCAUCAUAGUUAAAUUCAAGUUUCUCCAUCUUUUUCCCAUAGAAUGUUGACAACAAGGUCUAAGUUUUUAUUUUUUAACCCUACCAACCAUUGAAGGUUGAGAAGGGUAAGGUGACAGGAAGCUGCGUAUAGUAUGAUUGAGGGCCCCUUACUCAGUUCUAUGAGACAUGUAUCUGAAGAAUUCUAGACUUUCUAGUGCGCUGACCACCAAUUCUGUUUUAUUUUUUGGCUUUUGGGUUUUUAUCCCUUUUGAGUUUUCAUUCUUAUCCUGCAAAUUUGCAAAAGAUUUUUCUCUGAGCUUUCAAACUUUUGGUGGGAAUGUGAGUACAGAUCUGCAAAUAACUGCUUCCAACUGAUGAAUCUAGCACUCAAUGCUGAAAUUUGAGCAGCGCCAUGGAUCUUGGGAGAAUUAAGUGUUGGGACACUUCAAAGAAGGAUUCUUGGAAGAAUGUUAUGCUGUUGGCCUACCAGAGCCUUGGAGUAGUGUAUGGUGACCUGAGCAUUUCCCCUCUCUAUGUUUACAAGAGUGCAUUUGCAGAUGACAUUCAACAUUCGGAUACGAAUGAAGAGAUUUAUGGUGUACUUUCUUUUGUCUUCUGGACUCUUACUUUAGUCCCGCUGUUCAAGUAUGUCUUUAUAGUCCUUCGAGCUGAUGAUAAUGGAGAGGGUGGUACAUUUGCACUGUACUCGUUGAUAUGUAGGCAUGCGAAAGUAAGCCUUCUGCCCAACCGGCAGCUUGCUGAUGAGGCACUUUCUACUUAUAAAUUGGAGCACCCACCGGAGAAGGAAAAAAGUUCGAGGGUAAAAUUCGUACUUGAGAAGUGCAAGACCUUGCACACUGCUUUGCUAAUUCUUGUUCUUCUUGGAACUUGUAUGGUAAUUGGCGAUGGAGUGCUCACUCCAGCCAUUUCAGUCUUUUCUGCGGUGUCUGGCCUUGAAUUAUCCAUGUCCAAGGAACAUCACCAGUAUGCUGUGGUUCCAAUUACUUGUUUCAUAUUGUUAUGUCUAUUUGCACUUCAACACUAUGGCACCCAUCGAAUCGGAUUCUUUUUUGCACCAGUGGUGUUGGCAUGGCUUCUGUGCAUCAGUGCUCUUGGCUUGUAUAAUAUAAUUCACUGGAACCAGCAUGUCUAUCAAGCUCUGUCUCCGUAUUACAUGUUCAAGUUCUUGAGGAAGACAAGGAUAAGUGGGUGGAUGUCUCUAGGUGGAAUAUUGCUGUGCAUAACAGGCUCAGAGGCAAUGUUUGCUGAUCUUGGCCACUUCUCAUAUAAUGCCAUUCAGGUUGCUUUUACCUUUUUGGUUUAUCCAGCGCUUAUAUUGGCAUAUAUGGGGCAGGCUGCUUACUUAUCGCAACAUCACCACACCAGUCACCGAAUCAGUUUCUAUGUCUCGGUUCCAGAAAGUGUGAGAUGGCCGGUGCUUGUACUAGCCAUUCUUGCUUCUGUUGUGGGAAGCCAAGCAAUCAUCAGCGGAACAUUUUCUAUCAUAAACCAGAGCCAAUCAUUAGGUUGUUUUCCGAGAGUCAAGGUCAUCCACACGUCUGACAAGGUACAUGGCCAGAUAUACAUCCCCGAGAUCAAUUGGAUGCUCAUGAUCCUCUGCAUUGCAGUGACCAUUGGAUUUAGAGACACAAAACACCUGGGAAACGCAUCUGGGCUAGCAGUGAUGACAGUUAUGUUGGUUACCACAUGCCUCACUUCCUUGGUGAUUAUCAUUUGUUGGCACAAGCCGCCUAUUGUAGCCCUUUGCUUCCUAAUCUUCUUUGGCUCCAUUGAAUUGCUCUACUUCUCAGCUUCGCUCACCAAGUUCCGAGAGGGUGCCUGGCUUCCCAUCCUUCUUGCGCUGUUCCUCAUGACUAUCAUGUUUGUAUGGCACUAUGGAACCAUCAAGAAAUACGAAUAUGACCUCCACAACAAGGUUUCAUUAGACUGGCUUCUAGCUUUGGGUCCAAGCUUGGGAACCGCUCGGGUCCCUGGCAUUGGCUUAGUGUUCACAGAUCUCACCUCCGGCAUUCCUGCUAACUUCUCCCGCUUUGUAACCAACCUCCCUGCUUUCCACCGCGUCCUAGUUUUUGUGUGUGUAAAAUCAGUCCCAGUCCCUUAUGUGCCGCCUGAUGAGCGAUACUUGGUGGGUCGCGUUGGUCCUGCAGCUCAUCGGUCCUACAGGUGCAUUGUUCGUUAUGGAUACCGUGAUGUUCAUCAAGAUGUUGACUCCUUUGAAACAGAACUAGUUGAAAGGCUGGUUGAUUUCAUCCGAUAUGAUUGGUGUCAAACACAGAGAACCAGCUCAUGCACCGAGGAUGAUGCAUCAAGGUCUACUGACACGAGCGAGUGUAGACUAGCUGUCAUCGGAACAGUAGCAUUUUCUGGUGCACCAGCUUAUGAGAUUGAGGAGACUCAACCGGCAAGUGUAUCUGCUGGUUUCCCAACUAUAGAAAGUAUAGCAGAAGUUAUUGAGAUGGAACCGGUUGAAAGAAGAGUGAGGUUUGUUAUCGACGAGGAGUCUAAGCCUGACACCCGGCCUGAGAAUACAAUGCAGAUGUGCGAAGAGCUUGAGGAUCUCUACGCAGCUCAACAGGCUGGGACUGCAUUUAUACUUGGGCACUCACACGUUAAAGCCAAGCAAGGAUCGUCCUUUAUGAAGAGAUUCGCCAUUAACUUCGGUUAUAACUGCCUGAGGAGGAAUUGCAGGGGGCCAGACGUGGCGCUGAAGGUCCCUCCCGUGUCUCUUCUCGAGGUUGGCAUGGUUUAUAUGGUUUUUAUCAUGUCAGUCUCAUUGACGAAAUUUACUACCAGAAAAUUGUAUAAGUUACUUCUUUUUUCUUGGGUGGAUAUGAGGCUUGACUUGUUAGAAGUGUUUUUAUUAGAAGCAUGUUAGGCUUAUUUGCUUUUA